GAGGCAAGUGAUACGCAAAGCUUGGCUUCAGGUGCCACCUGAAGGAAAACCCUGCGUGUGGGUCAGCCUGUGAUUAUUGCUUGACUUGACAGCUUUUGGUACCCCCGUCAACACAUUCUUCUUUUUCUUCCCUUUUCCUGAAAGCCUUCUCUCUUCCAUUUUUCUUUCCUUGGAAUAUGGGAGUCGAGGGGCGUUCAGAGCAGGUGAUCUCUCUAUGGGUCUGAUAUUUUUUUCUUCCCCUUUAACUCAUCACCCAGAGGAACUUUUCUGAGUUGGUCUAUGUCCUUGCCUGUGAUUUAAUGUGGACUUUCCAACCCUACCCCCAUCUAUACCUAGCACCACCCUUUUCCCCUUCUCUCCCCCAUGAACACUAAAAAGUUGCUGAGUUGUGAAAGUGGAGUUCAGAGUUCCUGACUUACAAAGUGACUCAUAGUGGUUCUAGCUGUCUCAUACACAUUGGGAAAAAGGUUCCCACUGAGUUUUUUCAUCCGUCAAAGUCUUUGCUCAUCUCAUAUACUGUUCCUCUUGUCUGCUUUGAGAGCCUUCCUUGCUUUUCUUACCUUCUCCCUUGUGCUACACAUUAUCAUCUGAUGUAGUCUUUUGUAGCAUUUAUAGUAUAUUACAUUUUAGUGUAAUAUGUUAUUAUGUCAUGGUUAUUUAUCCUAGACCGAACUCUUCAAUGCCAGAGCAGCAUCCUAUUCAUCUGUAUGGCUUCAGUACAGGGCAGACUCUCAGUUUGUGAAUCUUAUCUCGGAGAGGAAGACAAAGUUUUCCAGGCUCCCUCUCAAGUUCCUGGCUCAGGAGGUGAACAUUCCGGAUUGGAUUGUCGAACUUCGCCAUGAGUUGACCCACAAGAAAAUGCCUCAUAUAAAUGACUGUCGCAGAGGGUGCUACUUUGUCCUGGAUUGGCUCCAGAAGACCUACUGGUGCCGCCAACUGGAGAACAGCCUGAGAGACACCUGGGAGUUGGAGGAAGAUGGGGAAGAGACAGAUGAAGAGAACCAGGAGGAAGAUGAGAACCUCAUUGUCGAUGACAUCACAGAACAGAAACCAGAGCCUCAGGACAAUAAGAAAGAUGAAGACUCAGCUGUCAGGGAUAAUGGUGACAGCAAAGGCAGUGAAGACAUGGAUUCUUCUUACAAAAAGGCUCUGAGACAUAAAGAGCUAUAUGAAAGAGCCCGAGAACUGCUGGUGUCAUAUGAAGAGGAACAGUUUAAGGUGCUGGAGAAAUUUAGGCUUUUACCUCAGUCCAUUAAGGUGUGGAAUAACCCGUCCCCACGUGUAGAAUGCAUCCUGGCAGAGCUCAAGGGCAUUACAUGGGAGAACAGGGAGGCUGUGCUCGAUGCUUUUCUAGAUGACGGCUUUCUCAUCCCCACAUUUGAGCAGCUGGAAGCUUUGCAGAUAGACUAUGAAGAUUGUCAGACUGAGGUCCAGAGAGGGGAAGGUACUGAUGCAAAGUCACACAAAAACAUGGACUUGGGUGACAUCCUGGUGCCAAAGCCAUUCUCUCAGUUCUGGCAGCCCCUGCUCAGGGGCUUGCACUCCCAGACCUUCACACAGGCCCUGCUGGAGAGGAUGCUCUCUGAGCUGCCAGCCUUGGGGGACAGCGGGAUCCGAUCCAGCUACAUCCUCAGAUGGACUGUUGAACUGAUCGUGGCCAACACCAAGACUGGACGGAAUGCUCGCGGAUUUUCUGCAAACCAGUGGGAAGCAAGAAGGAGCUGGAGGCUGUUCAGCUGCUCCGCCUCCCUUGACUGGCCCCGGGUGGUGGAGUCCUGCUUGGGCUCACCUUGCUGGGCCAGCCCCCAACUCCUUCAGCUCAUCUUCAAAGCCAUGGGGCAGGUCCUGCCAGACGGGGAGCAGGAGAAGCUGCUGCGCAUCUGUUCCAUUUAUACCCAGAAUGGAGAAAACAGUUUGGUGCAGGAGGGCUCCGAGGCCUCUGCCAUUGGGAAGUGUCCGUAUACGCUGGACAGCCUGUAUUGGAGCCUCAAACCAGCUAGCUCCAGCCUCAGGUCUGAAGCAAAGGCCCAGCAGCAGCAGGAGGAGCAGGGCAGCAUUCUUGAUGUCAAGGAAGAGGAGAAGGAAGAGAAAGAGGUCUUUCAAGACCAGGUGGAAGAGGAAGAAGAGGAGGAAGAAGAAUAUGAUGACCAGGAGGAAGAGGAAGGAUAUGAAGAGGAUGACGAAGAUGAUGAUGAAGAUGAUGAUGAGGAUGAUGAGGAUGAUGAUGAAGAUGACGAUGAAGAUGAUGAUGAAGAGGAAGACAGAAUGGAGGUGGGGCCUUUCUCUACAGGGCAGGAGUCCCCCACUGCUGAGAUUGCCAGGCUCCUGGCUCAGAAAAGAGAAGCUCUGCAGGGUUCUGCAUGGCAGGUUAGCUCAGAAGAUGUGCGAUGGGACACAUUCCCCCUAGGCCGAAUGCCAGGUCAGACCGAAGACCCAGCAGAGCUCAUGCUGGAGAAUUAUGACACCAUGUAUCUUUUGGACCAGCCUGUGCUAGAGCAGCGGCUGGAACCACCAAUGUGCAAGACUGGCACCCUGGGCCUGACCUGUGGUGUUGGCAGUGGCAACUGCAGCAACAGCAGCAGCAGCAACUUUGAAGGCCUUCUCUGGAGCCAGGGGCAGCUGCAUGGGCUCAAAACUGGCCUGCAGCUCUUCUGAUGCCAGCCCUGGUGCAAGUGUUCAUCCAGCCCUGCCAGGGCAAUAGCCCAUGCCCCAGUGUACCUGAUGCUCCCUGAGACAACCUGAGAGACAACCCGGAUCAGCCACAUCAACGCAGCUUUCCACCACAGUGGAAUUUUGAAUGUCUUUUGGGUUUGUUUUGUUUUGAAAAACAAUAAACAGGUAAUUGUCA